CCCCGGCAUGACCUAGAAUGAGGCACCAGGGAGCUGGGAGUGUGUGUUUAUCCCUUUUGCAGUUCAGCGCUGGCAACUCUGGUGUCUGGGGAGUGGGAGCAGAGGCGAGCGGGAGAGCUGAGCUGUGUAAAUCCUCUCCCUGAGCACUACAUUCUGAAUGGAUUGCCAGUGCCAUUAAUAGAUUACCACGAAGGAUUUGCAUUUCCGAAAACGAGAGGGACAACAUCCGUAUAUAUUCAGUUCAAACUUGCUUUCUGGUCCACAGGAGCCCUCAGUGGAUGCUUCAGUUUGAGUCAGGUGUCGGCUGCCUGUAAAAGUGCCUUUUCCAAGCUCAGAUUUUCUAUCUCUCCUCUCUGUAAAGAAAACAAUUAAAAACAAUCGGUGGUCAUGGAAGAUUGGGACAUUCCACAAUUCAAGAAGGAAGUGGAUAGUCUGAAGUACCAGCUGUCAUAUAAAAGGGAGAUGUCUUCCAAAACAAUCCCUGACUUUGUGAAGUGGAUAGAAGAGGGAGUGCCAAACGACCCAUUCUUAAACCCAGAAUUAAUGAAGAACAACCCCUGGGUAGAGAAGGGCAAAUGUGCUAUACUUUGACAUUUUCAAACUGCUCUGCAUAAAGCAAUUUAUUUGUAAAGAAAGAGACUCUAGAAGAGAAUUUUGUUGGCACAGUCUUCUAAAUUCUUAAAACAUAUGCAUUACAUUUUUUGUACAUUUUAUGGUAAUUCUAGGCAAAAUCAUUGUAUGAGUGAUCAAUCAAUUUCUUUGUACAACUAGAAAGGAACAAUGUAAAAGAAAGAUAACAAA